AUGGCGGGUCGAAGAAUCCCCCCUGCAAUCAACACGACCUACGAUGUGUCUUUGGAUUUAGAAUGUCAGGAGCAAAGACGCCUGCUUGAUGGUGGCCAUAUCAGAGCUGCUCCAGGACGGGCAAUUUCGCCUCAACCUAAACUCGUGAGGCCCUCGCAUACCUCCUUGGACACUGACCUCUCCCCCCUCUUCCAGGGGAGCCCUAUAGCCGCAGAAGGGGCAACAUUGUUACGCGGAGUGAGUUAUUCGGGCGAUGCCUUCGAGAGAUCUUACGGCGACGUGGUCUUGGAUGAUUUGAAGCUUGAAGCAGGAGCCGCGAGGGCUCCGAUGGCGCAAGGUAAAUUUGUUGAGGAAGAUGAUCAGUGGUCCGAUCCCGCCAAAGGACUUGGCCGAGUGACGCUUGUCUGCUUGAUUGCCGCCGCCCUCGGCCUCCUCGGCUUGUUAAUGUUCAUGGGAAAAGCCAUCGACACCAUCGAAGGUCCCCAACACGCGAACGCCGUCUCGAAGCUUAUAGCCAACCAUCCGGCAGACUCCCGACUCGCGACUUCCUUCCCAUUCUCCCCUUCUUAUUAUCUCAAGGACUGUCCAUGCCAGUCACAAAAAGAUGCUCAACUUUCCAUCCCGGCUGGUUCUAGCUCAAUCGAACUGUCUGCCUCCGAUCUCUUCAAUCAACAAACUUAUUUCCAGGGGCGAUUUCUAAACAAAACCGCGUAUUCGGAAACUGAUCAAGGUGGAAAACAAAUCUGCGAGAAAAGUCUAACUUAUCUCUUGGAUGAUGACUUUGGAUUUACUUUCCAUCUGAAUGCCAUCUCCCUUGCCGCUGCAUUAGCAGAGAAAGAUUCACGCGCUUUCUUCAUUGUUGACUCGGAAUGGGACCGGGGCACCUGGAGUGACCACUUCUUGAAAAUGCCAGACCCUGGUUGCGCGCCUCCACCGCCGAGCGAAAUGGCAGGCUGUCCACGCUCGACGAGACAUUGGAUCGUGACCUCGUCGAUCCUCUCGGCACAUUUUUCGAAAGAAUUCAUGGAAAGCUUUGGAGAUAACGAAGAUUUAGACCAAGUGAUUCCCGAGCCUGUUCCAGGACUCAUACCUUCUUCGAGGAAAUCGAUUUACCAGAUGGCUCGGUCGACCUUCUUCCGUCUUUUCAUCCUUUCAGAAGCCAAUGACCAACUGAUUCGCAAGACAAAGCAAGAGAUCAUCAAGUCUGCCGUCUGGGGCCCCAGCUCCGAUCUCCGUCUCCCGCCCUUUAUCUCUGUACACAUCCGAAAAGGUGACCGACAUCCUCACGAUCCAGCCCACACGUACGAUUACGUGCCGAUUAAUUACUACAUUGAUAGCAUCAACUCUACUUGGACAAGAUUAAGAGAUGAGGACCCUGCUCUUCCAGAGAGUCCAAAUGUAUAUCUUGCCUCGGACACGCCUCUAGCCCUUGAGCAGAUGCGCGCACUGACGCCUGCAAGCUGGAAAUUCUUCCACCUGUCUGAGGCUGGGUCGACCGAGAUUAGUCUGAUAGCUCAUCCACACGAAUAUUCGCAGCUCCACUUCCAUGCCCACAUUGUGAGUGAACGCGUUGGAUACACCAGGGGCCAGGUCAUCGACAUGGCUUUUCUCGGAGGCGGAUGGCCUAAGCCUGAUGGCUCCGUCACACUCUCUUCAACCGAUUCCGAAAAGCCUUUGGCUACCAUUUGCACAGUUUCAUCCAACAUGUGUCAGUUUGGAGCUUUGCAGUUAGGCUGGGAGGAAGCCUUUGAAAAGUCGAAAUGGAUCAACCUUGACCUCCCACUUUCCGCCGGAUGGAUGGGUGUUGAGGUUCCCGCUGCUAACACCGGCGACUCUAAUCCAAAUGGACACGGUCAUGGCAGCGCUCAUCAUUCCCACUAA